UCGGACAGCUGUCAGGACGAAGUUUCGUUAACCUCCGCUUUCCUUUUGUUCUUCCGCGGCGGCGGCGACGACGUUUUUAGAAGUGACGCUACCCUCUCCCGGUCUUGGCUGCCCUGACGGCAGUAUCUUGUUGUCAUGAUGAAGGCAGCGUUGCGUCGGGCCUGCUAGCGAUGCUUCGGGCGGCGGCGGACGAGGGAAGCGGCGGCGGCGGCGGCGACGGGGCCUUCGCCUGGGAUGAUGUCGCGUCCCCAAAUCAUUCACAGUGGCCAUUUCAUGGUGUCGGAGCCCCACGCCGAGCCCGACCCAGAUCCAGACCCCAACACCGAGGCGGCACUGAGCCCGGCAGGCCAAGCCGCUCCACAGCUUCCGAGGCCCGGGCCGUGCGUGGUGGAGCGGGUGAGAAGGGCUGGCUCGGCGUGGAAGGCCGCGGCUGAAAAGGCCGAGGAUGGCGCUCAGCAGGGCCUUGGGGCCGCUUACGACUUCGACACGGUGAACGAGGGCACGUGCCUGAUCUACCGCUACGGGCCUCGAAGCAGCGGAGCCCUCAACAUCGACGCCUCCCUCACCAAGCUCUUCGAGUGCAUGACUCUGGCCUACAGUGGGAAAAUUGUCUCUCCCAAAUGGAAAACCUUCAAGGGGCUGAAGUUGCUACAACGUGACAAGAUUCGGCUCAAUAAUGCCAUCUGGAGGGCCUGGUAUCUGCAGUAUGUGGAGAAACGGCAGAACCCUGUGUGCAGUUUUGUGACUCCCCUGGAGUGCAGUGACAUAAACGAGCAUCGCAAGCCUGAGGCUGUCAUCAUGGAGGGAAAGUACUGGAAACGCCAAAUUGGGGUUGUUAUUAGGGAGUAUCGGAAAUGGAGGACAUUCUACCAUACCUGGGUCCAAAAGAAGAUGGAUAAACCAGUGUGUGGCCCUACUCAGGAAGUAGGUGAUGCUAUUUCAGGGUUGGAGCUGAACAGUGAAACGAGUGGAAGCCCUAUGGAGCUCGACCUCUUGGACGAUCUGAAUGCAUUUCUGGACACCAUCUUCUCCAGCCGCAACCCCUAUGGUGGCCCCAACCUCCGUGGCCUUGCUCAUCAGGGUAAUGCAGACAUGAUCCAGCCCACUCUGACCCAGCUGCAUCCCAGCUUUGGUGAGGAGUUCAUGGACACCUUGGAUCCCACUCACGAAUUCAUCACUUCCUGUCGUUCUCAGCCUACGGUCCAGGCUCCUGCACUGAUGACAGAUGCUACUGCCGUGGGCCAGUGUGUUGCCCAUCCGGUUGCCCCUGGCACCAAAGAACUCUCGCUGCCUGAAGAUUCUCCUCUCCCCAUUCCCAUCUCCCUGGAUGUAGAGCUACCUACACCUCUGAAUGGACAGCAGACCUUCCUGCCAUUCUUCCCCACCUCUCCACAGAGGGUCAGCCCUCCUCCGCCUGCUCCGCCUGUCUUGCACAUACAGCCGCAAACCACCUUGGUCUUCUCUGUCAUCACGCACACAGGAUCAGGGAAAAAAACCUCACCAUCCCCAUCUGGGGGCACUUUUGCUAUGCCAACCUCUGCUCCCACAGCCAAGGGUGGGAGGUUAAGACAGCUGCAACGGAUUGCUCCAGCACCCUCCUAUAGGUAUCCGCCAGCUCCUCCCAGUGCCCCUCUCACUCACCUGCUUAAAACUGGUCCUGCCCCACUGCCCCUCACUCCAGUCAUGAACUCUGCACAGGUGUGUGGCACCCCAAAGCUCCCUGCUAAUGUCACACUGAGUUCAGUCUGUGCAACAGAGAAGUCUCCACGGCCAACUUCUGCUGCUGCCUUCCCUGACACUGGUGCUAAAAUGAAGGAGAGAGCUGAGGACAAGACUCUCUGCAAUCCCCAGGAAAUGUACAAACGCUACACUGCCAAGGGAAACAGCCGAUCGAGUUUUGCCUCCACUGACUGUGCCCGUCGUAUGAUCAUCACUUCUGGCUUCAACACUCUUGCCAGUUUGGUACUGCCAGGAUCUGAUCUGACCAGUGCUAAGCUCAGCAAAGCAGUGCUCCUGCAGAAGAGUGUGGCGUAUGUGAGAAGACUUCAGCAGGAGCGCCGACAAGCUCAGGAGACAAUAGAAAGACUGCGUGGUGAAAUUGAAGAGCUGAGCACAGCCAUUGAUCAAUUCCAGCGGCAACUUCCACCUAGUGGAGCUCCUGUGUUACCACCGCCAUCAGAUCGGGCUUCUCAGCUUUAUGAAGAGUAUGUGCGCCAGCGCACCUUGGAGAACUGGCGCUUCUGGCUUUUCAGCGUGGUGAUCAAACCGCUGUUUGAGAGCUACACAAGAACAGUGAACACGAGCAGCGUCAAGGAAUUUUGCCAGUCGGUGAUGAGCUGGUUGGAGCAGCACUGCACCCUACCCAUCUUGCGUCCUGCUGUCUCUGGAUCCCUCCUGCAGCUCAGCAAGAUCACAUCCAUAUUGACUCAGCCAGCCCAGUUGCCUGAACAAGCUCUGCAAGCUGUAUCUUGCCCUCGUUACUGCAGAGGCAACAGCUAGGAUGAAGAUGGGCCCCAGUAGAGAAUGGAUAUCCUCACACUGCCCCAGGUCCUGCUAGGAAAGCUAGCAGCAGGGAUUCAAACUCAGGCAUUUCUUUGUCAUGCAAAUAAGAACGCUCACCUAUAUGACAGUAUUGGGGCUGGGAAUUCCAGAGCAGGGCAUCUCUGGGAAUUCACUUUGGUGCUGGCCACCUCUUAAGCUUCUCUCUUUUGCAGAACAAAGUGUGGGCUUCAGACGGUCGAGGGAGGGGGAAAUUAAAUCCGUAGGCACAGGAUGCCAGGCAUGGCUUCAGCCUCUCUCGGAAAUGGGGUGAAAAGGGGCCGCCACAGGAUCCGUAUGGCCUUCAUUUCCUGUUUUCCCACCAGAGGGCAGUGAAGUGACUCAAUAUUAUUUUCCCCUCUGUCUCAUGGCUCUGUUCCUCACUGAAAGCUCCAUCCAACGAGCGUUUUAUUGCACGUUCUCACGGACUUUGCUCAGGCCCCUCACAUGAUGUCGUCUGCCUCCUGCGCUCCUUCUGGCCUUCCUUGCGUGACAAAACCCCCUCUCUUUUAAGUCCAAUAUUUUUUUAAACUCGGAAUCGCUGCGCUCUCCUGCUGUGUGCAGGAGAAGCAAUGCCAUUAGACCAGAGGACUCAAUGGGCCUUGUGCUCAUCGUGUACUUCCACUUUUGAAAGGGAAAGUUAACUGAGGAAUGAAAACACGGGCGGAGAAGCGAAGGUAGGGAGCGUGUUAACCCCUGGUGUGACGGAGCUUUGAAUCUUGAGUGUUUGUGGCCAGCUGUCCAUUUGAUGGAUAUUGCUGCUUCACAAUAAUCUACUUAUAGCUUGGGCCAAACGCCCUGUGCCCUACAGGUGAAUGGCAGACUUUACCUAUGCAGAACCCUCCUCUAGGUGCAGAUCAUCCAUUUUCCAUCUUUUUUGUUCCAGUUCAGAGACCUUACGUUGGCAUUUUCAGGGCAUCUACUAGAUUUCUACAUGAGGAUGGAGUCUGGCUUCCAGUUCAGAAUUUAACAUCUUAAUAAUUUCUGCUUUUAUGGGAUUUUCCCCUUAAAAGCAUGUCAUUUUAUAGCAGGAAUGAAAACCUUGGAUCAGAACUUUUGGUGGGUAGGGGUUGUUUUGCAGUACAAUCCUAUAUAUUCUGUUCUUCAGUCCUUUUAGUUCUCUGGGGCUUAUUCACAGAUAUAAGCUUGCUGUUUCCUAGCCCCCACCCUUACACCCCUCAACUGAACUCUUAUACCUCUUUACUUAUUGGUAAAGAAUGCUCCCAGUGCUAUCUUUGCCAUGCUUUGCUCUAGGUUCCCCGCUAUGGUGCAGAUUCUCUGCCAUUUGAAGAUAGGGUAGUACGAUUAUGUAGAAGAUGCCUUUUAGCACUCAUGCAAUUUAUUGCAAUCAUUGAAGCAGCAAAUACCCUCUUACAGUGGGCUGCUCUCAUUUCUAAUAUCCAGGUUAGAGUUUGAUGAAGCUGAUGCCUACUAGAAAAGAAGGCAUCUAACACCCUCUUUCCAGUUGUUCCUUAAUCAUCAAAUUCUUGUGCACAUGGGUAGAUGGGAACUAGAGUAAAGGCCCCCUUUCCUUUCCUGAAUUUUGGGUGGAAUCUGAGCCAGUUCAGGAUGUUUUGAACCUCUUUUUCUUCACCCCUCCUUUCAAUUAGUAUGCUGCACUAUCAUCCUUGAAAUGAACUGGAGCUACAUUGGGGCACAGUACUGAUGCCUGGCUCCUGCUCAUUUCAUGUCCUGGUUGUUAGACAAAUGCUGUCCCAUGGGCAAACUCUAUCAUCUCUUACUGAUACCUCAAAUACACUACCAGUGGCAGCUGCCUUUGUGUAUUUCAUGAUAGUUAUGCCUGUGAGUGAAAUGAUCAUCAGAUAGACAAAUUUCUUAAAACAAGCUAUCUUACUCACUCCAUUGAAGCUUAUUCCCCACUGCCAUGUCCCAUGUUGGUAUGAAGAGACAAGCAGAGAAUAAGCCAACUUCAUAUUGCAUGAAAAGUCUUCCUUUGAGGCUAGAAAAUUGAGCUUUCAGAGAAUUGAACUUAUUCUACCUGCUUGCAUUUAAGGUGUACUUAUGUGUCCAGAUACGGAGAAAACCACCUUUUCAUAAAGCUGUAUGAGCUCAGGGUGUUGUUGAGGCCCUGGGUUGUUUUUGUUGCUCUUUAAUGAAUUCAGUUAAUGCUUUGGGCUCUCUUGUGUUCUGAUUCCAUUUUGUAAUUUCUGUUUGAUUCAAAUAUGAAUCUAAACUCUAUAUGAGUGAUCUUUAACAAUUGUUCACUGAUGGUGGGCUCAUCCUUCUAGUUUUUCUUUUUCACCACUGUAUUUUUCUGAACCGACGAUUUACAUGGCCAACCACUAUCAACGUUCCUCUUCUUUUCUUUUUUUUACAGUUUUAUAGAGAGAUUUAUUUUGUAUUGCUGCUAUUACAGGUCUUAAACAAAUCAAAUUUUGUAUUGACUUUGUUGAACCAUUCUGAAGGUGUCAUCUCUUCUCUGCAACUGCAUUACCAGUUAAAUCUCCCACUGUCCCACCCAUUGCUUUGAAGAACAGAACACCACCUGUUUCCAUAUAUUUAAGUGGAAUAAAUUACUUGGUGAAAUUGAUCCCUGAAUUCAUGAUACCUACAAUUGGAUCAUCUUGUCUCAGCAACUGCAUAUUCUUAGCUAUGUCUCAAUAUAUUUCAACCAUAUUCUAUCCAAAAUGCUUUAUUAAAGAAUUAACUACUCUCAGAUCCACACUUGGGGGGAAAAAUGUUGCUACUGGCUGGAAAAUGAAUUUAUACAUAGCACCUAUUACUUCUAUAAAUCUCUAUUAGGUGCACAGGUGACAGCAGCAAGUAAUAUAUGCCCUUCUUCCACCUUUUGGUAUUGGCCCACACGAAGUAUAAUGAAACCUCCAUUUCAUCUGCGUCUCCUUAAAGAGGGUGCUUGAUUGAGGAGUCAUCAGGUGAUGACCAGCAAUACUCAAGGAGUGAUAGAAGCAUGGGCAUAUUGAAAGAAAUAAAGUCUGUAAGCCUUUUCAA